GCCUUGUAGUACGGUAUACAGUUUGGUGGCUGUAAAGCAUCAUCCUGAAUACAAAUUGUGUGCCUUUAUAGGAGCAUGUGGGAGGCCACAUGCACCUCCCACUGGGGUGUUAGGGCAGUCGCCUGCUGUCUUAGGGUAGCUGGUUUGCACUCAGUGCAAUCCCAGUUCAUUUAGCAGUGAAUGUGUGAGGGAAAAGAAGGCAUUAUCACCCACACUGUUGACUUGUGUACCAAAGAUUUAAUAUACAGUGUGUUGUAUCUGUAUUGCCCCUAAUGGACAAUUGGGACCCACUUUCAUACCUUCCAUAAGGGUUGUGUAUCAAGGCCAUCAAUACCUGCCAGAGUGUGUGUCUUGCAGCCAUAUACAAUAUACAUCUUCAUGUGUGUGAUAAGGAUUUGAGGGUACACAUGACCCCUGCACCAGACCUGUCAUCAGAUUAUCAAAAUGAGUCACCAAGAAAGUGUAUUGUACAGAGUGCCACUGUGAUGUCUUACUCUGUAUGCGUUUGUUUCAGUGAUUCUUCUUAUUCUUUAUUGUUACUUAAAUUAUUGGUCUAACUCUCCCAUUUAUUAUUGAAAAUCAUUUUGGUUAAGAAAGAGUGAUCAGCACCACAGACAUGACAGUGAAGGUGGUCUUGACUGUAGUGGUGGUGACCCUGGUGUUGACAACAGCCUCAGGUGUUGGGGCCAAGGACUUCGUUGAGUACGAGUACACACCACUACUUUAUAACUACUCGACAAAAAGAACCAAUAAACACAUCGCUUCAGCAGACAGUGUGGUGUAUAACUCUCUGUUAUAUAAUGCAACGCUGCAAAAAUGUUGGUGUUUGGGGGACCAAGUGUGGGAUGGGUCACAGUGUACAGACACUACAACCAGUGUGGUGGUGCAGGACCCUGAGACAAGGGGCGUUGUUGUCGUCAAAACCAAUGAAUUUGGUAGUGUGAAGGUCGGGGAGCCCCAGUGUCCCCCGGGUCACUUAUUUGUUGUGCUCGACUCUACUCGUGAGUCACUGGACCAGUUCUCCCUCCUAGACUCUGGUAACUUGUACUGGCAACAACAUCAAUAUCAUCAGUAUUGUAUCGAGCACACGCUGCAUGAAGGAGGGGAACCAAACUCCUGGGAGGCUCACGUGUGCCUCUCACCCCCAAAGGUACCUCGAUGCUGUGCCCGAGGCCUCUCCCUCGGGGCCGACAACUCUUUCACCGCCACAACCAACCAUGUCUUCACACCACCCGUCAUGGUGGACGGAGUGCUUAUUAAGUGGUUGGUCGAGGGAGAUGGAGAUAUUAAUAAUGUGACGUGUGAGGAUUUUGAGGAGCUGAUGAUUCUACAACUGAACACUGAUGGGUCGUAUCUCACAUACUUGUCAGGUGAAGCGUCUUUAGUGUGGUCGCCACCCAACUCACAAGGUUCAGAGCAGCGGCAAGAUUACUGCGUGGGUGUGGAAGCAGGGAAAGAUGACUACUUUGUCAGACUCUGUUACGAGGACCUCGUCGCCAGGCACCACCAACAGUGUAGGGACGCCACCUGCGUUCGCAAGUGUUGUCCAGAAAAUCAGUUAAUUGAUGGAUUUGGUUGUGUUCCUGACACAAGUGACAAUGAGUUGUGGAAACCUUCAUUUUAUAACCCUGAUAACUUGACCCUUAAUGUUGAUUUAAGAGUUGUUUAUGGAUUUCCACUUUGUGGGAACUUCUUUCAAACUGGAAUUGAUGACUCAGAAGAUGAAAUAUUCUUGUUGAGUAACGGAUUUUUAAAGGUUUUUGGCUUCCCCAAACCAUAUCCCCCUGACCGCUACUGUGUGGAAAAGUUUCUUGGUGUAGAUGGGUCAGCCUCCACUCAUGGGCUGAUCUGCUUCGAAGACAACGUCGAAGAGCUGAUGACGUGUACAAUAAUAGCCAGGAAAUAUGUGUACCCGAGUUUCAUGCUGGUGUCAUGUGUGUUCCUCCUCGUGACCCUUGUGUCAUAUGCCAGUGUGCCAGAACUACGGAAAAAGUUACAUGGCAAAUGCCUCAUGUCCCUGGUGUCGGCGCUGUUCCUCGCCUACAUCCUGUUGCCUAUCGUAUACUUGGUGGACGGCAACAUGCUUCACUCACCCUGUAUAGCCACAGUCUUUGACGACGAGAAGACUCUUGGGAAGAGUGAUGUAAUAUUCGGUGAGGUUGAGAUCUGA